AUGAAGCUGUUAAGCUGGAAUGCCCGUGGGCUUGGGAACCCACGGGGCAUUCGAACUCUCUGUGAUUUGGUGCAGAGAGAAGCUCUCGAUGUCCUGUUUUUACAAGAAACGAGGCUGAAAGCUCAUGAAUUCGAGGUAUGUAAAUUCAAACUUGGUUUUGUUAAUUGCUUGGUUGUUGAUUGUGUUGGUCGAAAAGGGGGUCCGGCUAUGUUGUGGGGUCGGGAAUUGUCUCUGUCAAUUAGUAGCUAUUCUCAGUGUCAUAUUGAUGCAUAUGUGGAGGAUUUUUCUGUUCAUGGUGUGUGGUAUCGUGCGGGUGUGUAUGGGUUCCCGGAGGUGGGCCAGCGUCACCGAACGUGGGAUAUGUUACGGCUUUUAAGUCGUCAUCGGGGUGAGGCCUGGAUUGUGUUUGGUGAUUUUAACGAAAUUUUGCACCCCCAUGAGAAGUGUGGUGGACGGCCUAGGAUGGAAUGGCAGAUCUCCGCAUUUCGACAGGCUCUUACUGAUUGUUGUUUACGGGAUUUGGGAUUCAAAGGUAAUAGGUUUACCUGGUCCAACCGGCAGGGUGGUAGUCGAUGUACUAAUGAACGUUUAGAUCGUGCUGUUGUUAACCAGUCAUGGUUAAAUUUUUUCCCAAAUGCUAUGGUUAUUCAUGGUGUGGUGGCCUAUUCUAACCAUGUUCCAAUCUGGGUUAGUAGUGCAGGGGAGGGGGUUCCAUCUCGGGUUAAACGCCAGUUUCGUUUUGAGGAGAUGUGGGUUGGUGAGAAGGCAUGUGAGGAUAUCAUUAAGUCCACGUGGCUCCGUGGCGAAAGUAGUAAUUCUAUGGAUGUGGUCAUCUCACAUAUUAAGGAAUGUGGUACUCGUUUGGAUGUGUGGAAUAAAUCCUGUUUUGGCAAUGUGCAGCAGCAACUAACCCGGGCUCGCAAACAUUCGGAACUACUCUCUAAUUCUGAUCCUCUUGGUGAAUUUAUUCCGGAACAUAAUCAGGCUCGCGAGGAGUUUCACAAGUGGUUAGAACGAGAUGAAUUGAUGUGGAGGCAACGAUCAAAGUCUCUUUUUGCUAGUUCCAAUCCUAGCAGCUCUACUAGUUUUCUGGAAGGUCUUCAGGGCCGUGUCACUUCUGAUAUGAAUGCAGAACUGAGUCAGCAUUAUACAGCAGCUGAGAUUGCUGCUGUUCUUCAGGCUCUCAAUUCAGGUUCCUUUCCUUCCUCCCUUAACCAUACAUAUCUCACUCUAAUUCCAAAGACUAAAUGCCCUGCUGUGGUUGCUGAUUAUCAGCCAAUUAGCUUGUGUAAUGUUGUUUAUAAGCUUAUUUUUAAAGUUAUUGCGAACCGUUUGAAGAAAGUGCUUCCUUUUAUUAUUGGGGAUUCUCAAAGUGCUUUUGCUCUGGGUCGUUUGAUUACGGAUAAUGUAUUAAUUGCCUAUGAGUUAAUACACUUCCUAAAACACAAGAAGCGGGGGAAUCAAGGGUAUAUGUCUUUGAAACUGGAUAUGAGUAAGGCUUACGACCGGGUGGAAUGGUGUUUUCUUCGAAAGGUGAUGGAAAUGUUGGGCUUUGAGUCGGGUUUUAUUUCUCUUGUGAUGUACUGUGUUCAAACUGUAUCUUUUUCAGUUUUGGUUAAUGGUGAACCCAAAGGACCUAUUUUCCCAUCUCGGGGGCUGAGACAAGGGGACCCUUUGUCCCUCUAUCUCUUUCUAUUUUGUACGGAGGGGCUAUCUUGUUUGUUAAAUCAGGCUGGUCUACGACAGGAUAUUUAUGGUCUGAGAAUUUGUAGAAAUGCCCCAACUAUAAAUCAUUUGCUUUUAGCGAAUGAUAGUGUUAUUUUUUGUAAGGCUUCGGUGGCUGAAAACAGAAGGGUACAAGAUGUGUUAGCCAUUUAUGAAAGCUGUUCGGGCCAGAAAAUUAACAAGGAAAAAACAUCUAUGGUCUUUAGUUGUAAAGUGGGGUUGGACCUUCAGGAAGAGAUCCAUCAUUUAUGGGGCAAUGAUGAAAUCCAGCAGUAUGAGAAGUAUCUGGGCUUACCCCCUAUUGUUGGUCGAUCCAAAACCCGGGCAUUUCAAUCUAUCAAGCAGCGAGUGUGA